GCUUUCGUGUAGUGCAGACGUCGGCUUAAACUGCUUUUCCAGGCGUUCAGAACGCGUGACAUCGGCUUAAGCCGAACUGCAAAUACCCUAGGCAAGCUUCUCAAGGGUCGAAGCAUGUUGAGGAAGGACGGGUGGGUCGCGCUAAUCCUCCUGCGCGCUAGCGGCGCUAUCUCAGUCUGCCCGAUCUGUCGCCUCACCUCUCUUCCUCUAAACCGGAAAGCAAAUUCAGAGUUAGUCCCGACCUCGAAAUCCGACCUCAUCCGGCUUUACGAUGCUGAAUAUACGCCAAGAUGUUCUGCCAAUACCAAUAUUCCCCGCACCCCGCGCCAGCUGAGCAUGAUGUCUCACUCCACCUCGCAUUCCCACAGCCACAAAGCCCCAAGAUCCCCAUGUAGAAACAUGGUCCCUGAUGUAUGCUUUGUAGACUGGAGGCCACUGGUAUGCACAUCAGGAGAUCUAAGGCAGCCCUUCAAGGCGAGAGCCAACGACGAUGCUGUUCACCUCAAUACGUUUCAGCCUUCGGCACUUGGGCGCCCCUCCCGCUUUCGAGAUCUAUCAUCCUCAUCGGCGAGUAUAGCGAUCAGAUGGCAACGUUCGCUUGCGUUUCCGCGCAUCGCCGUUGUUCGAACAGCUGACAAUACCUCGUACUCCGCGAUCUCCUCACGAGGCGGGAACAUCCACGUGCAACCAAGAACUACAAUAUCUCAGUCGUUUUCGCCGCUAUUUAUACAUUGCUCGUAUUUCGAGCAGUUGCGUUCCGGGUAUAGAACCGUUACAUCAUGUCCUUGACUUUGCUAUCCAUUUCAGCAGCUCCACUAUCGAAUGGCUGCGAAUACGAUCCCGAUUCCCGGCUUGGAUUACGCAGGGCUUGGACCUUCGUCCAACGACUUCUCGAUUGCAGCGUAUACAGGUCCACAAGCCAAUAUUGUGCGAUCAUGAGAUGCUCUUACUCAAAUCUUGCUCGUAUUCAGUCUCUGCCGGA